AGUUGAGAUCGAGAGAGUAACAGGUUUGCUCCCUUCAUCCCAAUAAAAGAUUGUAAAAACACGACGUCGUGGCGAGAUUAAAGCUACUAGACUAACACUAACAAUAACAAAUACGAAGUACUAUCUACUUACCUCGUACUAAUGCGUAAAAGCGAACUCGAUCAAGAGUAUCCGAAAAACGUCAAAGACCAUACUCACAUCUAAGUACUUGCCAAAUGCGUAAUUACUCAAAGAUAUUCAUCGAAAGACAUCAAAGAUAUUCAUGACGUUGUUUACCUAAAAUUCAAAAAACAAUAUUCGGAAAACAUCAAAGAUAGCUACCACUUAAACUGGUUUUCUAGCCACUAUUGAAUAGCCACCUGCCAAAAGCUUCAAAAGGAAACUAAUGUCAAUAAGUGCAAAGAUCUUGUAAAGGCGUUAAAUAUAGUCACUAUUUUCCAUAAGCGUAAACACGAGCUCCCUGAAUACCUAGAGUAAUCAAUCUAGUUCGUCGAUUGAAUCUUACUUCAUAAAAAGAUCGUCAAGAAAGGGUUGAAUUUGAUAGAAUUUUUUUUACCUCUAUAGAUAUCUUCAAGCACCAUUGAAGACUGACAUCGAGUUAAGUUCGAGUAUAGAGAUUUCCUGUCUCUGAAAAGAUGAAGCAGUUCCUCCUUGCUCCUUUGGCAUCAUCUGCCACUGUCGCUCUUGGUCUUACUCUUCGGUCGGCUGGAGGACCUACUGGCGAGGGGCAUGCUGGCGGAGCUGCUGCUGCAUUGACCCAACCGCACCCGAAUCUGAUCGCUUCGGCUGUAAUUGUGUCGAGCGGUACCAACCGCGAGUUAUCGGGUGUCAUGCAGGUCCGCAAAAAGGAAGAGGACGAAGACUCGACCCCCGUGAUGAAAAAAGUUUACGUCGACAAAUCGAAUGCCAAUUGGAUGAGUUCGAAAGGCAUUGAUCCACGAGUUGCGGGCUUUGAUGAAAACGACAAAUUACUAGCGAAGGACGCGACAGUCAACAAGGCGUUUGAGAAUUUUUUCAACAAGAACAACAAGCUGGAAGAGUUGUUAUCCAGUGAACAAAUGACAAUCGAUGCAGCGCGUUUGGCCAGUGAGAACACCUCUCUAGGGGUGCGAAUCCGCCAUGCGGAAACCCAUAUAGACGGUGGUUGGGGGAUUCAUCGCUACGAGCUCGACCUGAACCCGGCCGGCAAGUGCAACCCCCGUUGUUGGCCGCAGGAGUUAUUUUCCUUUUUCCAGCUGGAGUUCCCAAGCGGGGAAGAACUGGAGAAUAACAAGUACUUUCUGUCGGUUGUUUUGCGUACUGGACAAUCGUGGAUCGACGCAAGCUUUUUCUUCCUCUACAAGGGAAAUCCGUAUGAUUCUCCUCCAGGUAAAGAACCCAAAAACCCCCUGUGGAUCGCGGGGCGGGCUGCUGGCUACCCCUUGCACCUUCCGUUCGCCGCAGCGCACACCGAGUUUGACGAUCUAGCCGAUAUGAGAAAGCGCGAAGACUUCCAAGAAUUGUUUGGAAAUGGUCCGUUCGAAGUGGUUCUCGGCGAAAAUAUGAGAGAAAAGGUCUGGUUUCCUCCUCCGGCCGACGAAAAAGCACCUCCUCCUCCCGCGAGGCGUCUGUCUGGGUUAGUUUGAGUUUCUUGUUGACCCUAGUUUGCUUUGAGUGAUUGUUUUGACCUUCGACCUUAUUUUCCUUUCUGCAUCAACAUAUGAAGUUUGUAGUUUGUAUGUUCGUUGUGAUUGACUCUGACUGUUUUCACCGCCGACCUUACUCGUCCUUUCUUAUUUUUUACAGAAGGACGAAGCCGGAAGGAGCAUUCUAGAAGACCGGUGGUAGAGGAUGUUGACCACGACUAGAGACGCAGGU